CAUGCGGACGUCCACCUGUCGAGCUUGUCUUUGCAUUAAGAGCACUCUAACUGCACAAAGCUGAGGACACAUACAAAAAGCAAAGCGAGUUCUUGGUCUUGCAGUCUUCGGGCCUUCUGAUUCUUCUCUUCCACCUGCUUCUGCCCCUUUUCACCACCUGCAUCAUUAAUUCUUACGCUUGAGGCACCAGCCCAAUGGUAUAUUGGCUGGUCUCCCUGCAGCUGCCCAACAAGCGGAAAGAUGCUUGCUGGGAGCUUCUGCAGGAGAAGACGAGCGCUGCAGCGCUUGGCAGCAACUAUAAGCUUGAGAUUCCCGACCUCCGAGUAGGAACGCUGGACUCGCUCAUGGCCCUGAGUGACGAGCUGAGCAAGACCUCCACUAUGAUGGAGGCUGUGGUGAACAAGGUCAAGCGCCAGGUCAAUGACGCUGCUGGAGCGAAGGGACUGGUGGGCCUGAAGGUGGAGGGAAUGUCCACGGAGUCCUACGUUCAGCGCUUCAAGUGGGACGAGGCGAAAUUCCCUGCGCGGAGGCCCCUGAAGGAGACAGUGGACAGGAUGCAGGAGCUAGUCAGUCGCAUUGAGGAUGACCUCAAGGUCAAGGCGAGCGAGUACAACAACCUGAAGAGCCAGCUUAACCAGAUCACCCGCAAAGCCCAGGGCAGUCUGGCGGUGCGGGACGUCAGCACGCUGGUCAAGCCAGCGCAGGUCAUCGACACGGAGCACUUGACCACGCUCUUUGUGAUUAUCUCCAAGUUCUCGCUGAAGGAGUGGGAGGAGGGCUACGAGAAGAUGUGCAACUUUGUGGUGCCGCGCUCCUCGGCGCACAUCUCGGAGGACAACGACUACUCGCUGGUGAGCGUGGUGCUGUUCAAGCGCGUGCUGGACGACUUCAAGGCCGCGGCCCGCAGCAAGGGCUACCAGGUGCGCGAGUACCACGCGCCCACCGAGGGUUCGGAGCUCACUACGGCCCAGGCGGAGCAGCUGAAGAAGGACGUGGAGCAGAAGAAGAACGCGCUGGAGCAGUGGUGCAAGACAGCGUACGGCGAGGCCUUCAGCUGCUACAUGCACGUGCUGGUGGUGCGCCUGUUCGUGGAGAGCAUCCUGCGGUACGGGCUACCGCCCUCCUUCCAGGCCGCGGUGGUGCGGCCACAGGACAAGUCGGAGGCGCGCCUGCGCCUGGAGCUCGAAACCACGUUCGGCGGCGGCAAGGCCCACUACUGGAAGGAUGACGGAUCCAACCUGGGCGCCGGCCUUGCGGGCGACACGGAGCUGUACCCCUACGUGUCGCUCACCUUAAGCACCGACUACAGCGCGUAAAGGCGCAUCGAGCGGCGAGGAGCUGGGAGCGGACGGGCGGCGCGUGCAGUGUCAUGAUGUUAUGGUCUACAGCUGGGUGGGUACAAAGAGGGAGGCAUUGUCACUGGGUGUGGGAAAACGGGAGUGAGGUGUCAGUAUGGCGGGAUAAAUCGACAGGCGGAUCAGGCGGCAUACGGGCACAUAGGCUGCAUUGGCCACAUAAGUGCAAUUGGUCCUGGUGAAGACCAGAGCGCGAGCUUGGAGGAUUGUCGUGCGUUCGGGCGAAUUUAUAUGUAAUUUCGGCAUUUC